AUGCCCCGCGUCUACCCACCCCUCGAAGACCGCCGCGCGCCCCUCACCCUCGCGCCCUCCCUAAUCGAAUCCACCGCCGGCUUCACCGCCGGCUGCGUCUCCACCCUCGCCGUCCACCCCUUCGACAUCGUCAAAACCCGGCUCCAAAUCGAGCAAAACGAACGCUCCCGCCCCGGCGGAAGCCUCCGCGCCAUUCGGCGCAUAGCAGCAGAAGGUGGAAGUGGAGGCGGCGCGACAGGGAUCGUGCGAUGCUUCUACCGAGGGUUGACGCCGAAUAUGGUCGGCAAUAGUGUGAGCUGGGCGUUGUAUUUCAUGUGGUACGACAAUGUCAAGUCUCUCAUACGGGCGACAAGAGCGAGGACGGCGCCGAGCACGAAGUUGGGCAAGCAGGAGUUGAAGGGGAGUGAUUACUUCCUCGCCUCGGGCGUCUCUGGGAUCUUGACGGCGGUGUUGACGAAUCCGAUUUGGGUGGUGAAGACGCGGAUGCUGUCGACUUCACGCAAUGCUCCGGGGGCGUAUAGGAGUACGCUCCAGGGUGCGCUGUCGCUGUAUCGGGACGAAGGGGUGAGAGGGUUUUACAGGGGGUUGCUGCCAAGUCUGUUCGGGGUGAGCCAUGGGGCGAUACAGUUUAUGGCGUAUGAGCAGUUGAAGAAUUACUGGGCGCUGCAUUUUCGUAGCGGGACGAAGGAUAAUCUGUCGAACCUGGAUUUCCUGAGUCUGAGUGCGGCGAGCAAGAUGUUUGCGGGCAGUAUCACGUACCCUUACCAGGUGGUCAGGGCGAGAUUGCAGACCUACGAUGCCGGACGACGCUAUGCUGGGGCGUUGGAUGUGGUGCGGAAGGUGUGGAUGGGCGAGGGGAUUGGGGGAUUCUACAAAGGUCUGGGCCCGAACAUUGUGAGGGUGCUGCCGAGUACGUGUGUGACGUUCUUGGUGUAUGAGAAUACGAAGUUCUAUCUGCCGCGGUUGAUGGCGGCGGAGGAAGACCUGAGAUGA